AUGUCGGAGCGCGAGAGCGAUACGUACGAAGAUGCGCCGGAAGGGUCUACGAGUGGGUCAAUAGACGACCUUGUUCGUGAUACGGACCAUCUUGCGGAAAUUGUUGCAUCGCAGGCGCUGCCCGAGAGCGAAUACGACGACGAUUAUAUCGACGACGAUGACGACGAUUAUUUCUUUGACGAUGCUGCAGAGGAGGAGGACGAAUUUGAUGAGGAUGACUAUGACGAAGUCGACGACGACGAUGGCCUGGACCCCGACAAUCUCCAAGGCCACGCCGGCAUGUUUUUCCUCGAGACCGAAGGAGCUGACGGAAAUCUGAUGGAGCGGCAUGUGCGGCACCUUAGCCUGCGUGAGCUCCAGCAGCUGCUCACCUAUGGUAUGGCAUCCUUUGAGCCGGACGAUCCACUGAGCGACUCGGACCACGAGGCGUCAGGCAUCAUGUCGCGGUGGCGGAGAGACGAGCACUCGGGGUCGCCUGCUGAUCUCUGGGAGCCGAUCAAGGAACCCGUGCGCGCCGGCCUUGAGCUGCAGCGCAGCGGUGACUUUGGCAUGCCCUGGAUGCCAUCCUUGUAUGGCCCCCGCAAUCUCUCCAGCCAGAUUGCGCAUCGCAAAAUGCUUUCGCGCGUUCCCCGCAAAGGCAGCCUGGCGCCCCUUGUCCCCAAUUCGAAAGGCGUGAUUGUCGCACAGUAUCCUGCGCCAUGCUACAGUGGGCAGUACUCGGAGGACUCUUCCUUCUUUUAUACAUGCACACGCGAUAUGCGCGUCCACAUAUACGACACGUCCCAAGCCCCUCGCCGCCAGGCUGUGACCGUGGACGAUUCGAGCGUGCCCUACGGCCUGCGUUCGAGCCUUGCGUUUGAGAGCCCCGAGCAGAUCACUUCGCUCAACCUGAUCCAGACGCUCGAAGCACGACGUGGACAGUGGACCAUUACGGAUGUGAACAUCUCGCCCGACAAUCAGUGGAUUGUCUACUCGAGCAUCUCGCCAUACGUUGGCCUAUCGCCUGUGCGUCCAGCGGCCGACACGAACGAUCCCUCGUCGAACCAAGUCACACUCGACUUUUCGGCGAACGCGCAUGAUUCGGCAGGCAUCUGGUCCCUCCGAUUCUCUGGCGACUCACGCGAGAUCAUUGCGGGCUCACACUAUGGUUUUAUUUAUGUGUACGACAUUGAGGCACAGCGGCGUGUGCUGAGUGUCGCAGGGCAUGACGACGACGUGAACAGUGUCACGUUCGCCGACGCGGCCUCGUCCAACGUCUUUGUGAGCGGCAGUGACGAUGCGAUGCUCAAAGUAUGGGACCGCCGCUCCCUAGUGCGCGGCAAGCCGGCGGGAUCCCUUCCAGGCCACACCGAAGGCAUCACGUACAUUUCCCCCAAAGGCGACGGCCGCUACUGCAUUUCCAACUCCAAGGACCAGAGCGUGCGCCUGUGGGAUCUGCGGAACCUGCGCAGCACCGAGGCCGUGGAGCGCUGGGCCCCAUUGGACUAUGGGCUGCGCAACUGGGACUACCGCUACAUGCCCUACCGGCGACCGCGGUACUAUUCGCAUCCCGAAGACUGCUCGGUGAUGACCUAUCGCGGCCACUCGGUCCUGCGGCAGCAGUAUAUCUAUUCUGGCAGCGCGGAUGGGCGCAUUCAUAUUUGGUCGCUCGACGGCAAUGUCGUCCAAGUGAUCGACCGCAACGAUACACACCCAUUGCACACUGGAUCCGGCGACCUCGCCAGCGAUCCGUCCGCCCCCGAGUGGGACCUGCCUGCGGCCGUGUCCUACGAACAAACCCCCCGGUCUAACUCCGGCUUUGCCCGUGCGCGCCGCAUGCAGAACGGCAACAAGUGCAUCGUCCGCGAUGUGAGCUGGCAUUCGGGCGAGCCCACGCUCAUGAGUACUUCGUGGGAUGGCAGCGACGGCCAGCUCGGGAGUAUCGCACAGCACGAAUGGAAAGGACCCGAGAAGCAGCUGUAUACCUAG